GACGACGACGAGUGCGAGCUGCCUUCUGCGCCAAGGUGCAGCCCGGCGGCGGCGGCGGCAGGAGGAUGCGAGCCGAGGGCGGCCGAGCCGCGGAGCAGCUACCUGUGUGGCCCGGGCGGCCGCUGCCGGGACCUGCCGGAGACAUCGCCAUGUGAAGGGGCAGACCCCGGGCCGGCUCUCCACCCCGCCUCGCUCAAUGGGAGAUCUGGUUGUCUUUACACAGACAAUGCUCCCAAAGACUGUAUGAUAAUUCCUGGUGGCCGAAAGAGGAGACACACUGGGGCCCGUACAGAAGAGGAACGAGAAGAGGAGGGCAAGAGUUUCCUACUGCCCCUCUGGCAGAGGUACCUAGUGCACGGUCUGUCCGCAAGGCAAGCAGAGUACUAGUUUGCAGAAAGCAAGCGAGACCAAGAGCCACCCCAAGGCACUUGGAGCACGAGAGGAAGAGGAGCGUCGCCAGCAUGGAUAAGGACAGCACGAACCUGGCUGACCAUCAGUAUGAAUGUGUGGCUGAGAUUGGAGAAGGAGCCUACGGAAAGGUGUUCAAAGCCCGAGACUUGAAGAAUGGAGGUCGAUUUGUUGCGCUGAAGCGGGUACGGGUGCAGACCAGCGAGGAGGGGAUGCCGCUGUCUACCAUCCGAGAGGUGGCAGUUUUGAGGCACCUGGAGACAUUCGAGCACCCCAACGUGGUCAGAUUGUUUGAUGUGUGCACCGUGUCACGAACAGACAGAGAGACCAAGUUAACAUUAGUGUUUGAACAUGUGGAUCAAGACUUGACUACUUACUUGGAUAAAGUUCCGGAGCCUGGAGUGCCUACUGAAACCAUAAAGGAUAUGAUGCUUCAGCUGUUUCGGGGACUGGAUUUUCUGCAUUCACAUCGUGUGGUACAUCGGGACCUGAAACCCCAAAAUAUCCUUGUAACAAGCAAUGGGCAGAUAAAGUUAGCUGACUUUGGCCUUGCACGAAUCUACAGUUUUCAAAUGGCUCUUACCUCAGUGGUUGUUACUUUGUGGUAUAGAGCUCCCGAAGUUUUGCUUCAGUCCAGCUAUGCAACACCAGUUGAUCUUUGGAGUGUUGGCUGCAUAUUUGCAGAAAUGUUCCGUCGAAAACCACUCUUCCGUGGAAAUUCAGAUGUUGAUCAGCUAGGGAAAAUCUUUGAUGUAAUUGGACUCCCAGAAGAAGAGGACUGGCCUAAUGAUGUUGCCCUUCCAAGAAAUGCUUUCACUUCCAGACCUGCACAACCUGUUGAAAAAUUUGUACCAGAUAUUGAUGAACUGGGGAAAGAUUUGCUUCUUAAAUGCUUAGCAUUCAAUCCAGCCAAGAGAAUAUCUGCCUAUGUUGCUCUCUCUCACCCGUAUUUUCAUGAUCUGGAGAAAUGCAAGGAGAACCUGGACUCUCACAUGUCAUCCAGCCAAACCUCCAGUCAGAUGAAUGCAUCAUAAUGCUGACUGAAGAUGAACCAUAAAUGAACAAGACGUGUAGCUGACAAGGCCACUGUUCCAUACAAAUCACAUAGCUGUUCUAGCGAAGAUCAUUAUUUGGAGGUUUUAUGCACUUAUCUUUUAUUUUGGGAUUGUGAUGUGCUUAUCCAAGGAAAUCAGUCUAGUUUACUUUCAUCAGAGCAACACAAGGGCCAGGGCUUUGAUCCACUCCCAUUGCAGCUUUAUGUUUGUUUUGGUUUUGUUUUGUUUAUCAUCUACCUGGGAAAACUCCAGAUGAAGAGAAGCUGCUGACUGGUUUUGCUGCCAUUUUAUCCUUUUAAUAUUGGAUGCUGCCAGUGUGGAGUAGGAUGAUCGAGUCUCUGCCAAAACAUGAUGCAAUCUCUCUCUCUAGCUGCUGAAGCAUGAAUUGGUACUUUUUAUCAUUAUGAUGUGAUCUCUUACAGUGAUAUUUAAAGAAUGGCAUUGAAAUAUCAGAUCUCUGCAGCCUGCAGUGAACUGAUACAUGCAUUAAUACAUCCAGCUACUGUUCAUUCAUAGCAUAUAUGCAGGUGCUUCCUCACUUGAAAAUUUGGAUGGAUUAUUUUAUUAUUUCAUUGCUCUAUAAACAUAACAGUGGUGAUGGUGAUCAUAAUAAAUGUCUCAACAUUUAGGUUUUUUCAUACACAAACGAGUUCUUACCUAGCUACAUUUGUAUGCACGUUGCAAAAAAACAAGGGUUUUAAAAAAAUUCUAGAGCCCUGUUUUUAAAGACUUUCAGUUUCCAAAUGGCCAGUUUGCAUUGAGAUCCACGCAUAUUCUAGCCCAUCAUCUAACCCAUCAUUCUCCUCUGGAAACAACUGCAAGCACAUUUUCUUUAUCUCAUUCCAAAUUUUCUAAUAUGCAGCUCAAAGACAUGAGCAGAACCGAUGAAAAACAAUACAGGUUUUGCCUUCAACCUGUUCUGGUUGUCUGCCAAAAAGGAAAAUGGAAAAAAUAUUUCCAGUUCAGAAGCAGAGCAUUCUAUACCUGUAAUAAGCACAGAUAUGUAUUUGUGCUAAACUGUAUGCUGUAUACUGCGUUGCCUUACCUGCAACAACCCCCUAUGCAUCACAAGUGCAUGAACAUUACUGUUGCAAAAUCCCUCAGAUGUCAUUCAUUAAGCAGACUUGUUUUCUAUGCAGAAAUGCAUGAGCUUCUCUCCUAAACCACCAUGUGGGUAUACUGGCACGUGCUUCUCCACUAGAGUUAAUGUGCCAUUAUUGAAUGUCAAAAUAACUAAGCAAUUCACAUGCCUUUGUAGCACAGUUAUUUUAAAUAUUACAUUAAAUUUUUAUAUUUAGUAUUUUUACCUUAACUAAAAUAUAUUUUCAGUAUUUUUUAAAAAAACUUUUAUUUUUUUAAUACUGUACUGGGAAAAAAGAAAUAUUUUAAAUCCAUUAAACCUGUUCCCUCGCAUGACGUUAGUGCAUUUACCUGGAUAUGACCUGGGGGAAAAUAUUGGUCCAACGAGUUAGCCCUUACCAUAAAACCAUGAAUAUACACUAUUUCAGUAUAAUUGAUGAUAAGUGAGGCAGCUAGCUUUGCUUACUCCUAUGAUAGUCCCUCAGGCUUCUCUCUUCCUCAUCUCUAUUUCAUCUUGUCUAGCUAGUGAGCCAGCAUUAUAUCCUCAUUCACAGCAUGCUUGGCAGAAGCAGGUCCUUAGCACUGAGUUGAGCAAUAUAAUUUUCCCAGCUGUGGCACAGGGACUUGUCGUCGUCUCCCUGGCAGGUCUCUCAGUCCUGUGAUAGACUGGCUGUUCUGGCAAACUUCACUGUUAGCUCUGUGUCAGGUAUCUGCACUGUCAGAGAGAUGAUCCAUUGCUAAGAUAGUGAGUGGAUCUUAUCUGUCUCUUGGAUAAAGCUUUUUGUUGCUGUUAGACACAUAAGUAUGCAACAUAUGGUUAAAUUAGGUCUGUUUUAAAUAAGCUAGAUUUUAAAAGGAUCACUUGCAUGCAUGCAUGCAGUGGCCUGUGCUUUUCUUCAUGCCCAGAAUGAUGCCUAUGCAAAACCUACCAGCAUGAACAGACAAGUUGCAAAUUAGGCCUGGCAAGAGCAUGCACAAGGCAUCUGCCCACAGAGAUACUACAGAUGCAUAGCUCAAGAAUUUUGGAAGCUCUGUGAGCGUCAAGCUGAAAGCCAGGGAGCGGUCAUGGCAGCUAACUCUCUAAUCUUGGCCUUGCCUCUGUCAUUUUCUCUGUUCCUACAUCCAAGGGGAAAUUGUGAACCCACUGCACUGGUCUUGUCCUAGUCCUGUUCCUCCAUGGGUCAGUGGGUCUGAGUGUGAGUAGGUUUUAACAUUCAUACAAAAGGAUGGGCCUGAGUGAAAUUUUUGUUAACCAUUUUCAGACGUUAAUUAGAACAACAAACAGAGCCAAAAUUCAGGAGAACCUUGCGACAGUAACAAAUAGAAAAGUUUUCUACGCAGUUUAGCACUUUUAAAAACAUUCCACAUUUUACCUAGUGCCGAGCCAGCGUACGUACUUUAUCAGGGCAUUCAGCUGGUGUGGCUUUCCAGCAGCUGUCAGGGAGCUCUCCCAGAUCUCUCCAGCAACUACCACAGGGUGAAUAUGUAGGGGAGGAGAGAGUAUUUUCAAAUUAGGAUCAAAACUCUCAGACUGAAAUGUGCAUCUGUUCCAUGCUAGAAGAGCUUGUUGUAUCAAGCUUAGCGAAGCAAAGGGUAGAGAGAAUAUGAUUGCUGAAUGUACUUCCAUUAUUAGGAUAAAACAAAAAGGAGGAAAGAGAACACUUUAGGCCAAUGGUUGGAGUUGGCCCCAAAACUAAUGAGAAUAUGGAAAUCAUAAGGAAGUUAGCCACUGGAGCAGUAUUUCCCAACCAGUAGUAUGAGAAGAAGAGUUCAGAGGGCAGCAGAGAAAAGCAGGGUCUGGCUUACGGAAUCAGAAGCAGAGCUUCUGCAGCGUCUUGCUGUAUGUUGUCUAAUAUAGGAUCAGGUUAUGAAUGGGGUUAUUCAGGAGAACAGCUUGAGAAGGGUUGCAUUAAUGGUCAUGUUCUGGAACAUCCUUCCAAUGGGAAUAGCGGGAACAAAAAAAAAAGAAAUCUACGUUUUGUCUUGGCAGGGUGAGGGAAAAGAUUUAUUUAGUGGGCUCCUUGUGGUAGCAAGGGCCUAGGUUCAAAGGACCAACAACUUUUCAAAUGACCUCCUUUUCAAAAUCUCUUUAGGAAGAAAUUCCGUUUGACAUGCCAUAGGCUUGCUCUUAUUCCAGGCUUCCCUGCCAAACCGUGGGGCUUCACUUACACCGGUAAACUGCAAAAGCCUGUUCUCUGGCUGGGCAAAGUGCUGGCACUGGCUAAAAUCAUGGCAGGAAUCAUGCUCAUAAUUAGACAGUACAUACAACUGUGGGACUGUGCUCAAGCCCAUGCCCUUGCUCUUUUUAUUUUACUGGUAUAGUUCUAGUAUUUGAGUACCUUUACUCAUUAGUGCCUAUAUGUAGAACGUAGGAAUUGUAUAUAUGAAAAAGAAAAUGCUCCUUGAUGCGGGUGUUUAGACUGUGAUGAAAACUCUUCAUACAUCCUUUAAAUAGGACUUCAGCAGAGUGCAAUUCCUCUUAGUAAUAACUAUGCCUAUAUGUGUUCUACAGGAGCACUUCAACAGCAGCUAAAAACCACUGAAUAGCAAAAACACAUUAAAAAUAAGUAUAGAUGUUUAGCUCCUAGAGCACCCACAACCAGACACUGUGCUCUUCUCAGCAGAGAACAGGGUGUUCUAAGUAAUGGAAGGAGCAAUUUCUAUGUCCAACCAACCUUUUUAUUUUUUUAAUCACUACUAUGUAAUUCUGCAGGAAAAACAGACCUGAUAGCCAAGGAAAAAGAUCACCAAAGCCAGCUAGUGAAGUGCUAAUCGCUGAACCGUAGCAAUACAUCCAGAGCAGCCCUUUUCUCUCUUCACCCUGUCUCCACGCUCACUCUAGCUUUCCAGUUCUCCUUCAGCUCCCUUAUGGAAACAGGUUUCAGUGAUACUCACAGGUGCUAUUUCCAACAAGAUUCUUCCAAAUUUUCAAUAGCUACACACUGCCAGUGUCCUCUUCAUCCCUAUUACCAAGUAUUGCUUAUUUUAGUCCAGCAGCCCAGAACCAAUGAUUAAAAAAGAAUCUCUUUGUGCACCUUCUUGCUUACCCUUAUUUUUGCAUAAACAUAUGUUGCAUUCUGUGUGAUAAGUAAAAUUCUAAAAGUAGGGUUUGUGCAUAUUUCUGUGUAGGUUGUGUCCACACUCCAGGUUUUUUUCAGCCUAUUAGUCCACAAUGGUAAAUGUUAGAGUACCUUUCUCUGUUGUUUCUGUCCUAAAACACACCAAAAAGUGAGAACGUCAUGUUAUAAAAUAUUGAAAUUUGGUGCUAUGUGUACAGAACCUUUUACAGGAAAGGAAUCAGUAAGUUGUAGCAUUUGAACAUCUUCUGUGGGGGGGGUGGUAUCCAGCAUCAUAACUCUUAUGUGGUUUUUACACUCAAUGGUUGUUUUGCUGAAUAGGAAGAAAAUACUGUGCCAUGCUACUUUUCACAGGUUCACUCGUUGUCUUUGAGAAGCAAGUUUUAUUAUACAUAUGACUCUCUUUGCUGUUAGGUAUUAGGCUAACUUUAGUAUGGAAAAUAAAGAGAAAACAUGCUGUUUUGUUCUUUUAGCCAACAAACUUGGAGCACUUAUCUGACUCACAGCUGAAAACACAUCAGUUGUCAAAUAUGUAUAUGAAUCAUACAUAAACCACACAGUUUGGUUUAAAAUGCCACAUAAAUUAAUUAUGUUCCAUGUAUAAGACACCGCUGAAUAAUGAUGAAGUUUAUUCUAAGAACUCUGUUUUGUAGAACCACUUUGCUAGUAUUUUUCUUACGUAGUAGAUUCAGGAAUAGAUUGAUUUUUAUAUACAAUGUGAAUUAGAAGAUACUAGGCUAUUAGAGUGAUUUUGUUGUGUUAUGCUUGAAGCUUGAAUUGAUCACAAGCUUAGGAACCUAACAUAUUUAUUUUAUUGCUACCAAACUGCUUUGAUAAAUACCAAGAUCUUUUUUUAUGUUAACAGGAUUUCACACUUCUCUUAAUGUAUAAAUGAUUUUCUUGAAAUUAGUAUAUUAGAAAAAAAGUUCUUCCAAACUGCAGUUGUGUAGAAAAAUUUAAGAAAUAUAUUUUUACUUUCACAGAGAAUAAUAACAUGUUAUAUACUGAAAUAUUCAGUAACUGACUGUUUGCUAAUAAGCUAUCACUUUUUCUUCUUUUUGGUUACUAAGUAUUGGAGUAUAGAGAUUAAUUUCCAUGAAGAAAAAAUUCAGAAACAAUCUCUGGAAGAGUAAAUGGGAUUUUAGGAGUUUAACUUUCCAAGUUUCAUUUUCAUACCCAUUUUUUUGCGCAAGUACAGUUCAGAUGUGGAAAAACAUGACUACAGUUUUAACAGUCUAACAGGCUGUACAGCUCAAAUAGGAGUUUUACUUGUGAGGUAUUUAUUUUAUUAUAUCUCUUUGUUUUGCAAAUAGUUAGAUAAUGGCUGUCAUAUAAUUCUAGUUUCUGGACCAGACUCUGUAACCAUCAAGUUCCAGUAAUUUAUGUAAAAUGAUAAGAAGCUUUCUCAUUGAUUUAAAUGAACGAGGCCAUUAAAGUAAGAAAGAUGUGGACAUAUGAACUGACAAUAUGCUUUUGACAAGUAUUAUUUCUUCCCUUUAGUUUGAAGCUUAGCAAGUAUUGCAUACUGGUAUGCAAUAUAUACACAGUAUAAGAACCAUAAACACCACUUAGGAGUAGUGUGCACAGAUAAUACAAAAAAUGGCUCAUUAGGUUCUUGCAGAAACCACCUAAAAUCAUUCUUUUAGCUGUAACACUCAAAAUUUUGAAACUGACAUUUUUCCAUUUAAAAAAAAAAAAAAACUGAAAAAUUAUGUAGAUGUUUUUAAUUCAGACAGUGAUAGGCACCCAAACAGAACUGAAUCAAAAUAGGAACUUGUUCUCAGAAAUAAUUCUGCAAGGCCAGAUAGAUGCUGUCAGUUCUUUAUUUGUUCAGUGGAAGCUGAUAGUAGCCAGCACCAUGUUUAAAUGAGCCUUUUGCUUUCUGGGCAGAAAAUCCCUAGGUUGCUGUGAGUAAAGUUAGUGGAAAAUUUGCUUCGACUUAAAGAAAGUCCUUUGAGACCUUCUGCAAUAUUCAAAUUUCCAGCCUUAAUUGAAAGACUGCGCAAAACAGCUAAGAUAAACCAAAACUCCCUCACCAUAUGGCAUUUUUUCCUUCAGAUUAAAUGUUUUAUCUGUGCUGGAAUAUAUUUGUGAGCUUCAUCCAGCCCAAUGUCAAUGAGACUUUUGCAUGGCUAGAGAAAGUAAGAAGAGAUUCUGCUAUGGAUAUUUUGAUACUGGGUGAUGGUGGUAGAGUAGAUUUUCUGUUUCCAAAAAAGAUCAGACAGAAGAUACUGACUUCCUAAAAAAAAAAAAAAAAAAAACAAAAAAACCUGACACUUAAUAAAGAUUACAAAGGAGAUUUUAAGGAACUAUUGGGAAAAUAUUGUUGGGAUAAGUGAAAAGGAGCACAUUUAUAAAGUGAAAAAUGUAAAUGCAAACAAUAUGUAUUAAAUAUGCAUUGAAAUUGGUAUUUUUUCACUGAUCUUAAGAAGUUGGUAGGGUUUUACAGAAGAAAAGCAUCCAAGUAUGAAUUUAUUCUGGCUACCAUUUUAAUGUUCAUUUGCACUAAAGCAACCUAUAGUAUUUGACUGAAAGAAGGGAAAACAGGCAAUGUGUAACUUGUGAUUUACUUUGGUGAUGUCUACAUGGAUAUGCUGUAAAAGUUACAAGCUCUCUGUCCAUUUUUGAGUGAGCUAAAUUUGUAUCCACACUAUUUAGCUUUCUGUACCUUAAACCCAUCCACCUGCCAGAAAAAAACACAUUUUCUAGUGUUUACAUGAAAACUUGCUCUCAUUGACAUGCUCAUGUUAAACUCAGCCAAAGAGCACUGUCUCUGCCACUGAAUGGAAAAUUAAUUUUCACAGGCUGACAGCUUCCUUUGUGCAAUUACUCCUAAAGAGUUUGUAAUUAACCUUCUACAAUAUGCAGCCUUUCCUCUUAUUCUAUGUAUCAUAAAUAUGCCAUGUCAUGCAAAUCCUCAGCCCUUUUUUUAAAAAAAAAACAAAAAAACAAAAAAAAAAACAAAAAAAAAAAAAAAACAAAAAAAAAAACAGUUCUUGAAUGUUAGGAUCAAUUUUGAGUAGCUAGGUGAGGGAAGAAAAUUGUGAAGUGCUGCAAAGAUAGAGAAAAUGGGCAGAGAUUAGGAGAGUUCAGGACAAUUUUAGCAAGUGAACUUGAAUAUAUGAAAAAGUUACGUAUAAGUGUAGGGGGAAGACUUUUUUAUCCAUGUGUUUUGUUUUCUCCUAUCAUUCACUUUAAUAAGCAUAAGAUGAUAAAGCAAGACUUGCACAGGGUUUUAGUUCCAGAUACUUAUUAUACCAACUCAAGUCACGAGUUCCAGUGCAGCUUUUUAACAUAGCAACAGCUCUAUUUUUUAAAUCAGAUUUUGCAGAAGCUAGAGGUUUUUCUGUGUAGAUAUAUAUAAAUAAAAAAAAAAAAAAUUGAGACAGCUUGAAAUCAGAUUAAAGCGGGCACACAGACACUGCCUGUUGUUCAGCUGCAGACAUAGAGAAUGUACAGCUCUUAUGCAGCAGGGUCACUAGCAGUGUCCUUUAGUGUGCAAUAUUGUUGUGCACUGCAAGCUGACUCCUGCCGCAAACUGAAAAUCCUUUGGCAAUCCAAAAUGGCAUGGUUUUGAGCACUUGGAUUUUGAUAAGAUUAUCUGCAUGUAAGUUUUGCUGGAUCAGUCCAGGUGGUUUACCAUCUUACCGGAGCAAGCCUGAGAGCCUGGCAAGGCUGUCCAACACCCAGUCUAACACUGCAAAACCAUCUGCCAUGCAAAAAAACAGUCUUUUUGUAGGUUGUACAGCAGGAAUGGAGCUUACUGAGCUGUGCUAACCUGAGAGCUACCAUUAACUAUUGUUAUGCCACCUCCAAAAAUAUAGAAUGUAAGGCCUGUGUAGCAUUUUGUUGUGUUUAGACCAUGUGUGUGGGUGGCUGGGUAAGUGUUGGCACAAAGCAGCUAGUUUUGGUCCUUCCAUUAAGCGUGAGAAACUAGGCUUUCACAGAGACAAAUUUCACAGUUCCAGGGAUGGGGAACCUCUGUUUUUACACAGUAGUUCUCUGGCAUUUGUUAAAUACAUAAUAGAUCACCCGGCCACUCAAGCUGUCCUUUCCUUAUCCCAGAUUAUCCUACUGUGACAACUGUGAAAGAAACCCUGAGGAGUCUACUCCUCAACAUGUCAACACCCUGCUUCCUUUCACUGCAGUGACACUUAAUUACCUGUCACUUGUAUCUGACCCUCCUGAUACUUCCACAGCUGCUUAUAAAGCUGUGAGCUAAAUUUCUACCUUGCAAUUCUGCAGCCACCCAGUCUGCGGGCAGCCAGUUAUUUGUACCAUAGCUUUUCCUUGCUUCUCAUUAGGAACUGGGAAAUACUACAGUACAAUAAGGCAAAGUAUGUGCUACUUUUACACUCUUUGGUUGAAUCAAAUAGAUGAGCUAAAAUAGAUUAGAUUGAACAUAAUUUGUUUGAUCAGCCAAAGAAUUUUCGAUUCAGAAGAUUUACUAAGUAUAGAAGAUCCCUGGACAACUGUCUGUGAUGUACACGUUUACAAAAGCAGCCAGUGAUGCUUCUGUUAUACGGAAGUUUUUAAUGGAUACAAACAAGACUAGCAAUGCCAGCCUCCUACUGCUUACCCCUCUUCCCCUUCCCUGAGCUCACUAUUCCCAGGGAGAAGUUUCUUUCCAGUAUGAGGCAGAGUAACUAUGAGACAGUUCCUCCUUAUAUGAGGAUCCCCAGCUCUCAAGAUAACUUGGGUGCAUGUAGACAGUCUCUUUGCUUUUUGUUAUGGCAGUUCUGAGUACAGAUCCCUGGCAGAAGUACUAGGCACAGACAGACCUUAACCCCCAAUAUAUCCUCUUGAGGAAAAGUCUUUCCAGGAUCUAGAGAGGUCAGUAUGCUUACUGUUUCUGUGACAGUUGACUUCUUUGCAUUUUAAACAGCAGCAUUGUAAGAACUCCCCUAAGAGACCUCUCUCAGUUGACAAAAAGGAUGACUGUGAAUUCUGGACAUGCUGUGGGAAAACACAAAGUGUUUUAUUCCCAGUGGAUCAUGAUGUAUCUCAAACGAUCACCCUUCAUUGGUGAUAGAAUAAAAAAAAAAAACAUAUAUAUAUAUAUAGCCCGGGUUUGAAGAGUGCUAGUUCAAUAAGAAGUGCUUCUCAAUCUUUUUUCAGCAAGAACCAAAAUCCAUCAUGAUUUCUUGCAUGGAUUUUAUCUUGGAGUCCCUUGUAACAAAGGUGGCUGUAACCACGGGUUGCAACUACAAGUACAUCAGAAAUUUGAGGCUGGCAAGAAGUUUGUGGGUGUGAGGCUGUACAAGGUAGCUUAUGUAAGCUCCGUGGGGAUGUGCUCAUCUGAAAGUAUUGAUUGCCAUGCACAUUUUGAACUGAAGUUACCUAUCAUGACAUGAUAGAAGGACUGCAGUGUCAUGAGGUCAUGAGAUUAGAGCUUGAAGGGACUGCAAAGAUUGACCCAUCUUUUCAUUUUUUUCUCUAGAUGUCUAGCAACCCAGUGGUUUCCCAGCUUUGUUUUUAUUUGUUUUAUUCUACACCCUUUUCCCCCCCAUUCUCCUUCCUAUUGUGUAUAAUAAUUUGAAUAGAAAAGCAUUACUCUAGUUUACCAGCUUAAAAGCAGAGAAGGCCAGCACUGUCUAAAACUUUUGAUUGCUCUCUGGUGGUCAAUAUUAAGUGAAUCAUUUGUCUCUAUUUAGAUUCCAACAAAUAGAAUUCAAUAUCCAUGACAUCUUCCUUGCAUUCAGCACUGUUAAAUAACCUUGCUGUUAUUCUCCACAGUGUUCAAAAUUUCUUUUCCUGGAGACUGAACUCCCCUCCUACAACCCCCUUAGAGUCACAGCAAUGUGGGCAAAAGAAGUCUACAUCAUGGUGGGGCUUUUUGGUAAGGAAUGAGAGCCGGUUCAAAUUGAAAAAGGGCCUGAAAGAGUCUCAUGGGCUCUUUGCCAGGCACCUUUCACAGGCAAUGCAGUCACUUCUGUUAAAGCAAAGACCACAAAGUACUUAAGAUAGAGAAAAUAUAAAGAUGUCAUUUAUUUUUCUGAUAGAAUCUGUCUUCUACUCAAAGCUAUAUGAUUUUGGCACUGAAACCAAGCCCACAGGUACCCAUUUAUUCUUUCUUUUAAGUCUUUAGUUUCUUCAUAAAUUCUUUUCAUGCAUUCAGAUUAAUGUAUUUAUGGUCCGUUUCAUUCCAAUUCAUUUAAGUGCUCCGUAUCUGCCAUUAAAUCUUAUAUGGAUUUUAUUUUUAAUGUAAUAUUUAGCUGCAUUACUUUGAACAGCUUAAAGAGUAUAAUGUCUUUGAAUGCUCUAGUUAAAGAAAAAUUAUACCCUCAAAAUUAUGUCUUAGAAGUUGAACUGUUUUUAGAAAUUUAGAAAUGCUGUUUAUAACUCCGGAAAGCAUCACAGGGUGCUUUCAUCUGUAUGUCUGUCUUCUACUUUCUGUGUAACUGUGUAUUUGUAUUUCCUCACUAGCUUGAUACUCUUCAGUCUGAAGGCCCAAGUAUGCAAACACGUGAAUGCUGUACCUCACCUGAGCAGUCCCACAGAGCUGAGAGGGGUUGCUCAUGUGAGUAUAGUUGCCCACAAAAAGUAUUUGCAGAAGGCGGCUUUCCUUUAGUAAUUGACUGUAGUUGUGAGGACACAUUGUUAAUAACAGCACCAAGACACCAGUAAAUGGGGUCAGUGUUUAUUGAAGAUGUGGACACAUUUCUCUGCAAUCUAUUUGACAUUAACCUAAAUUAUUGCUCUUAUAAUUCAGUAUAUUAUAUUUCUUAUGAAAACACACUAGUCCUGUGAAAGGGUAGUUGCCAAAAAAAUGUGUCAAGUCUUGCUGCUUUAUUGGUUAUUUGCAUUUAGUAUAUACUUUGGUUGUUGAAGUGAAGCUAGUUUCAUAGAGAGGCAGAAAGCUAGAUCAGUCAAAAAAAAAAUAUAAAUAAGCUUCAUACUGUACACUGAGUUUUGCAACUAGAGUAAUAUGUGUGUGCAGAUGUAGUAUUUUUAUGCUUUAGGGUAUUUUUGUUUGUUUUAAUAUGUAAAUGAAUAAGCAGAUUACUUUGAAAUGCUAUUGUAGAGCUAAUUUUACACAUAGUGGAGGAAUGUUGUCUGAAAAAUUAAAAUUAGAAAACAUUACAUAGGCUGCCUUUGGCUUUAUUUUGUUUGUAGCAGGUCCAGCAGGUAUCUGUUGAUUCCAGAUGCUUAAGCCAGGGGCCAAGUCUGUGUGGCAUCCUGUGACUGAAGCAAGCUUUUAGCAGCGAUAAAGUUGCCCGUCUGGGCUUUAAGUAAGAUUGUUGGCUGAACAAAAGCAUAAAGGCAGCAAAUUUAGGUUGGUUGGGCUUGUUGUGGGUUGUUUUUUGGUUUUGUUUUUUUGUUUUUGGUUUUGGUUUUGGUUUUGGUUUUUUUUUUUUUUUUGUGCAUGGACAAUUGCAUGAAAUAGGAUUUGGGUUUCAAAGUAUUUUAAAUCAUUUAGCAUAAUUUACUCUUGUUGUAACUCCACCGACUACAGUUAAAUUAAACCAAGAAUUUGAGCUUGUAAGUCUACAAACUUCAGUGUCAGGCAGCUCAGGUCUAUAUAAAGAUACUUAAGCUUCAUAAAUCAGCAAGAAUACUAUAUAAAUGGUGGUAAUAUAAAAUGUGAUAAAAAUCUUAACUCUAGUAACAUUAUUUCUCUCAAAAUUUCUCUUCAUUACUCUUUCAUACAAAAGUUCAGAAGUGCGCUUAGUGGCAUUGAGAUAUAUGGAGAAAAGCAUGAUACUGUUACAGAAAUGUAUCAGAAAUAAGAUUCAGUUCUUCCUGCUCCAGACACUCCAUGUGUGCCUACCUUCCACUUUACAAAUCCCACUGAAGUUAACGGAAAAUAUGUAUCAAGUUAAGCCUGUUUGUAACUCUCACGGGAUACUGGUUUCAGAAUCUGCAAGAUAAGUUACGUUCUCAAAAGGCAUUAUUAAAACUUGUGGGUUCAGGUUUACAGAAUACUAUGAACAGUGAGGACAGCUUCUGAGACACAUCCAGAGUAACUUCAUUAAUUGAUAUUACAUCGGACCAACAUCCAUUAGCAAAUCAAAAUCUGUCUUGGUACCUUUACUUCUCAGGAUGAUUUUACAAUGAAAAACAUUCAGAAAGUUGAAACAGCCUCUAAUGUUGUUUGGCUAAUUUCUUCUCCUUUUUUCCCAUUUUUUGGUAAUAAAGUAUCAUUUGCUCUGGAGGUGUCUGGGAUUUGAUAAUUCAAGGAAAAUAUGCAAAGAAGUUUCAAAUUUUUUUUUUUUUUUCAUUCACCUUAGGGCAUAUACUCGGCUGGUGAAAAUCAGCAUAGUCCUGUUGACUUCUACAGCAUUAUAUCAGCUUAUACUGGUGAAACAGCUGGCAUGUCGACUUUUAGCAUUUGGAGUCACUUUACCUAUGUAUGCAGUAGGAUUUUAUUUUGCAAGGUGGAAAGUUACCUACGGUGCAAACUCUACUACCUAGAUACCAUUGAUGCCUAUUCACAGGACAUGAUUUCACUGUAUCACUUCAUACUUGAAAUUCAUGAUGUUCUUUUUAUCAGGGUACAAACAUGAAAAGGUGCGUGUGUUACUGUUUCUUUUAAAGGUGCAUCAUUUUUUUUAUUUUGUGUGCUUAAUAGUUACUAUUCAGUGUUCUUUACAUUCCUUGUGUUCAGCAUUAAAAUCACCUACGUGUGAAACACAGUAUCACCUACAGAGGUACAGAAAAAUGUAACAGUGAUUUCUUGAAUUGUUACUCAAAUGUACUGGUUUACCUUUUAGUCAUCAACAUGACAUCAAGGGGCGACAACACGCAAACUGUGGUAUAUAGAAGUAUUGCACCAUUGCUGUACAUGAAAUCUUGCAGCCUCUCUCCUCUUCUUGCACAGCUGCUGAUUACCAUAUACGCAUUGGGGAAAAGUAUGUUUCUGCUGUACAGAGUGGCUGGGAAAUAAUGCAGACACUUUGGAAACUCUAGAGCUCCCUUUGCAAGCUCUCAGACAAAGCCCUUUGAUCUAACUGCAUGCCUGCUCUGUGUCCCGAAUUUCACCCUGUGGGGCUUUCUGCUUUAAGAACACCCUCAGCUGGGGCUACUUUACAUUGACUGCAUUGAAGUUCAUUGGAGCAUGCACCUUACCAUAUAACAUAUUCUUUAGCUUUUACAAGUUUGUAAAGAUGGUCGACUGCAAAAAUAAUCAUGUGUCAAUACAGAGAAAUUAAAUUAAGGCACACAGAAGGUUAUCAAUAUUGUAUUAUAACAGAAUUACAGUCCUUUGGAACUGAACGUUUUGCUGCUGGCAGUGCAAGAAAAGCAAAGCUGUGUAUUUAUUGUUGGGUGCUGAGGGUGCAGUUUGAAAAUCAAUAUAAUAAAAAUUUUCACAGUA